CCUUGAUGAGGAGGAAGGGAGUUCAACAGCAGGGUACUUCAGCAACAUAUCCCUCGGUGGGCGGGAUUAUUCCUUCAACAGUGACGGCUACCUGUCCAACCCGCUGCUUGAUGUCAUCUCCUACACCAAUGGGAGAGGCUGGGAGGAGGUCGGCUGGUGGGAGAACGGCCACCUGCGACUACGUUACCAUCCCUGGUCUCGUUACGGCUCCUUCCUAAAGCCUCUGGAUGACUCCCAGCACCUCCGAGUGGUUACCUUGGAGGAGAGGCCCUUUGUCAUCGUGGAGCCGGCUGACCCGGGCACCAGCUCCUGCAUCCGGGACUCUGUACCCUGUCGCAUGCCCGUCAACACCAGCUUGGUGGUGGAUGGCACCGGGCCCACGAAGCACUGCUGCAAAGGGUUCUGCAUCGACGUGCUCAAGCGACUGGCAAAGAUUGUGGGUUUCACCUAUGACCUGUACCUGGUGACCAAUGGGAGGCACGGGAAGAACAUUGAUGGGGAGUGGAACGGCAUGGUCGGAGAGGUGGUGUCCAACAGGGCUGACAUGGCCAUCGGUUCUCUCACCAUUAACGAGGAGAGGUCGGAGGUCGUAGAGUUCUCCGUUCCGUUCGUGGAGACCGGCAUCAGCGUCAUGGUUUCGCGCAGCAAUGGCACCGUGUCGCCUUCUGCUUUCCUUGAGCCCUACAGCCCAGCGGUGUGGGUGAUGAUGUUUGUGAUGUGCCUGUCGGUGGUGGCUGUCACCGUCUUCAUCUUUGAGUUCUUCAGCCCCGUGGGAUACAACCGCAGCCUGCAGAGCGCCAAGAAGUCAGGUGGAUCUAAGUUCACCAUAGGGAAGUCCGUCUGGCUUCUGUGGGCGCUGGUCUUCAACAACUCUGUGCCUGUGGAGAAUCCCAGAGGAACCACCAGCAAGAUCAUGGUGCUGGUGUGGGCCUUCUUCGCUGUCAUCUUCCUGGCCUCCUACACUGCCAACCUGGCCGCCUUCAUGAUCCAGGAGGAGUACAUCGACACGGUGUCAGGGCUGUCAGAUAAGAAGUUCCAGCAGCCGGCGGAGCAGUACCCGCCGCUGCGUUUCGGUACAGUACCAAACGGCAGCACAGAGGAGAACAUCCGCUCCAACUAUCCCAACAUGCACCAGUACAUGAUCCGCAACAACCAGAAGGGUGUGGAGGAGGCCAUUGAGAACCUCAAGACUGGAAAACUGGAUGCCUUCAUUUAUGACGCUGCGGUGCUGAACUAUAUGGCCAGAAAGGACGAGGGUUGCAAGGUGAUGACCAUCGGCUCCGGUAAAGUGUUUGCCACGACGGGCUAUGGCAUCGCCCUGCACAAGAACUCCCGCUGGAAACGGCCCCUGGACCUGGCUCUGCUGCAGCUGGUUGGAGACGAUGAGAUUGAUAUGUUGGAGCGUCUCUGGCUGUCGGGUAUCUGCCACAAUGAUAAGAUCGAGGUGAUGAGCAGUAAGCUGGACAUAGACAACAUGGCAGGGGUCUUCUACAUGCUUCUGGUGGCCAUGGGCCUCAGCCUCCUGGUAUUUGCCUGGGAGCAUCUGGUGUACUGGAAACUACGGCACUGUGUGAAGCGAUCUGGCAGGAUGGACUUCCUCCUGGCUCUCAGCAGGGGGAUGUACAGUUGCUGCCAGUUUGAGGAUGAGACGGCACCGGGAGGUAGUAAAAGCUCCCUGCCCCAAUACCACACCAUGACCACCAUGAACACCAUGCCUACUGGAUCCCAACACCUCGUUACAGCCACGGUAAAUAACACAGCUGCCAUUGCCAUGGUGCAGCAGCAACAGCAGCAAAAGCACCACCAACAACAGCAACAAGGGCCAACCUAUACCACCAUGUUACCCGGAUCACCACCAACUAUAGGACACUCGGCAAUGGCUCUGGGACCCUCCAACAGCCCCUUACUGGAAGGCCCCAUGCCCUGCUCCACCUUCCUGCCUCGCCAUGACCGCAGACUUGCUGUUGUUGAUCGCUGGAACAGGCCAAAGCCAGAGCAAGUCAUGAGCGGAGGCAGUGGUGGAGGAUUGGGUGUUGGGGGGAUAGCAGGAGGGAUCCAUGAACUUCAGGUCCCACAGUAUCAGCCGAACCUUGGACAGCACUGGAGCCUGCAAGUGGCAGGUGGAGCAGGGGGAGGCGGUGACACAAGUCUAGAUGAAUAUAAGCGCUACUAUGGUCCUAUAGAUCCAGAGGGGCUAGGAGUUACCUCUGACCAACAGGCAGGGGGCCCCCAGCAGACUCCAAAAGCUAAGCCGCGAGGCCCCAAAGCCUCAGGGAUGCCACGGCCGCCUCCUAAAGGCCUCCAACAAGGCCUCCAACAAGGCCCCCAACAAGGCCCAGGGCACCUAAUCUCCAAGCCACCUCCACUGAUCCCAUGUUCACCACGAAGGCCUCCUUUCUGGCGACGGGGAAGCCUCACUCAGGCAAGGAGAAAAAGCUCAGGAGGUCCCCUGUAUGAGAAUAUACUCCCUCUGGGGAGACGAGGAGGUGGGAGGUAUGGCGCAAGCGAUGGAGGCGGAAGAAGAGGGCGACGUCCUCCACCUCCUCCUCUGCCUGUUCCCCUUUCCUCCCCAACACACACUCCGACCACGCCCUCCUCCCCAUGCCGUUUCCCCUCCUGCUCCAGUGCCUCAUCCUCCUCCUCUUCCUCUACAUCGACCUCAUCCUCUUCUUCGUCCUCCGUCUCGCUGUCUCGGUCGAAUUCCCCGUCUUCUUGCUCCAGUGACAGCUCCUACAACUCCUCGUUGAGUUUCCGGUAUCAAGCAGGUGACCGGGACUUUACGGUUGAUGACGAUUAUGACUCCGAUCUGCUUACAGAGGAGUCUAGCCUCCUCUUAGGAUCACGGAAGAAGAUUCGUUCACGGCGCAUGUCAUCGCGCUCGCUGCCGUGCAGCCCGCCACCUCCACCAAUCCCGCCCAGGAAGCCCCGCCCUCAAAAGGAUUAUAGCAGAGAGAGAACAGGCAGCCAGCUGGCCCAGUUACAGGAGUGGUGGGCGUCGUGGGGAGAGAGAGAGCGAGCGAGGGCAGGAACAACGAGCCGGGGAGAUGGAACCGUUAGUAGACAGGAUAAGAGACACCACAAAGAGAGGGAACGCGAGAGGAAGAGGAGGAAGAAGGGCCGAAAGAAGAAGAAGAGGGAGGAGAGGGAGAGAGAAAGGGAGCGAAAGCGGCGCAAAGCAAAGAAGAGGAAGAAAGACGAUAAGGUGAAGAAGAGAGAGCGGAAGAGGUCAGUACAGGAGGGAGGAGAUGCUGAAAAAAGGGAGGAAUUCAAAUCAGGGACCGCAGAUUACCCUUCAUACCCGCCCCUGAGACGAGAGUCUUUUCGGAAAAAGAGCGAGAGCUCAAUCCGAAGCUAUGGAUGGAACAUCUCAGGUGAAGAGGAGAGGAAGGAAAGAGAAGAGAAAGAGAGGGAUGAUGGGGAAGAGAUCAGAGGGAAAGAAAGAGAAAGCAGACGAAGGAACAGCAAGCACUAUCAUAGCUCGAGCGCUAAGCCUUCGACGUCUGUCAAGUUCUGGGGAGGGGUCAACCCAUCCUCCGUCACCAUUCCAUCUGCCUUUCUGCCCUUGUUGCCUGUCUCCUCUAAAAGGAGGAAGAGUAAAAGUUCAGACAGGGAUGCUGUAGGAAUGGAAGGAGAGAGGAGGCCAUUGCUAGGCCGCGACGGAAGAGGUGAGAUUCACUCCAAGGAAGGGUUGUCUAUCCACGAGUGGGGGUCCGGAGUAGAGGGGGAGGCAGAAGAUUCAGAGCUGGAGAGGAGGAAAGCAGAUCGUGGAAAGAGGCGUGGAGGAGGAAGGACAAUGUCCGAUGAGGAGCGGGACCGUGAUAAGGUAGUCGGGAUAUAUUCGGAUGAUGAUGGUUCUUCGGGAGAGUUUGGAAAGUUUGAGAGGUACUGGGAGGAUCACGAAGGCAGGGCAGUGGGAGGGAUUGGUGGGGGCGGUUGGUUUUUCAGCACCUACCCCUCCAGGGAGAAAGCCGGCAGCAUCAACAGUAGAGAUGAUCUGUUCCUGGAGCGAGGAGAGAGGUGGGGGACAGCCGAAAGUGGAUGGGGGUCUGGUGGAGGUCGUGUUGGUGGUGGUGGUGUUGGAGGAGAGAGAGGGUGGGGAUCGGGAUCGCAAUGGCCCCCUCCUCCUCUCACGCCACCACCUCCUCGACGAUACUGGUCCGUCGACAAACUCCCCAUGCAGGAUGAGAAGAAGAGCAAACGCAAGUCAAAGGAAAAGGGAAGAGGGCACGCUGCUUGUUCCUCCUGUCACUCCCCCCGGCACCAUCCGCACUCCCAUUCCUCCAAAUGGGCCCGCGUCACCUCGCGAAGCCAGGAAGAGCUGUACCAGCAAAGCCAGAGUUUUGGUGGCCCCCCUAAGCCCCAACAGGAAUCCUCGUCCUCCUCCAAACCCGAUCGCUCACAGAAUCCCUCCAAAUCUGGCAGCCAGUCCAACCUCAGUAUCCAGCAGCGGACACAGAGAACAGAUAGGGAUCGAGAUCGAGGACGACAAUCGUCCCCACCUCCGAGCCUCAUACCAAACUUGCCGCCCCCGCUUCCUGCCCUUCCAGCUCCUCCGUCCUCAUCUCACCCUAUCCACGUUCCUCCCCCUACCUCUUCCUCUUCUGUAUCCUCUCCCUCUGUGGUCUCCUCCACCCCAGGGGCACCCCAGCCCUCCUCCAUGGCUUCGGCAAGUGCCAAACUACAGUACCAGAGGCUGCGCUCUGUACCCCAGCCCCAGAGGUUCCCUCAGUCUCCUCAUUUACCCCUCAAAGCCAAGAGCCUUUGCUCACGAAGGGGCUCAGCCCAUUUCUCCAGUGUGGAGAGUGAAGUCUGAAGUUCAGCAAGGUGUCAAAAGUCAGAAGGGAGCCUUGCGAGGCUGAGGCUAAGCAGGUGAUCUGAAUCUGCCCGGCAGCAAACAUGGGUGCGUAGCCAGGUCAGUACAGUGUACGCACUGAGCCCUUUCCUAAAAUUGUGCACAAAGAAACAAAGAAAGAAGGAAACAAACCAGAGAGCCAAACAAACCCAAUGGGUUAGGUCAAAGGAAGACGGGAGCAAUCUUGUGCUAACUGUUUUUUUCCUUUCAUCCCCCUCAGUAUGUGAAAGACUACAACCACAGCACCAUCUUGCAUUCUGAACUGGGUUAUUAACGAAUACACUAAAAGCAAAUUGGACAUUAAAAGUGGUACAACCGAAGGAGACUCCUUUGCUAUAGACAGUAAGAGAUGUUGAAGUAAAGCAGUAGUUUGUAUUCAGAGGAUUCUUAAUGCUUACUGAGGGCUCAGGAACUUUGUAGUACUGUAUGCCUGCUGCUCUCAGAAGCCUUUAACACAGAACAGUGUUCUUAUAUUUUCCCUUAAACAAAUCGCUUACCCCUAUUUUCCUUUUUCCUUAAGAAACUGUUUACACACCCCCGCAGAACUGUGACACCCUUUCGAGGCAAUUUUGUUGCGUAUGAUCAUUUCCUCUUGUUUAGAGGGAGAGGAGGGUGAUAACGACCUUGUCUUCUCUGUUACACCAUCUCUGUUGCACCAUCUUCUGGUCUCGUUUGUUCUGCCCUAUCUUUUCCCCCCUUUUUUUCCCCUCUGUUCUCACCCCUUUUUUCCCCUUUCUAUUUUUCUCUGCUUUACCUCUUUUCCCACCUUAUUCAUGUAUUUGUCUUCUCCUCUCCCCUCUUGGCUCCUCUCCUUGAUGUGGUUAUUCUGUGUGUCUGUGCUUUUCUGUGUUUGUAUUCUUGACAACAGGGUAAGUCAACUGUGACUGAUAUUCUACUGGUUUAAUGAAAAGCUGAGUGCCAAACUUAAGUAGAACUCAACAUCAAUCUGUACAACGUUAGCUGCUAUGUUUCCUUUUAUCUCGCAGAGUAUUCCAUCAUCUCCCAAAUAUGUGCACAUGCAAAUACCCACUCACACACACAAAAGUGCAAACAAACGCUUGUCUACAUGCACGUGCAAGGACGUGCGUCUAAACAAGUCAACUGAUCUGUUCUCUUUGUUGAGCAAUACAUUAUUCAGCCUAUGUUCAUGUUACAAUUUUAUACUUUGAAACUUUUACUUUACUUCUGUGUUGUAGUUGUUGUUGUUAUUGAUUGUGUUCUAUAUAUCCAGACAUGUAUUGAGUCUAAUACAAUGUAAGCACUGUGCCAUACUACUCAAGCUGCACAUGAAACGUUCUCUCAACUACCUAACUACAACAAUGGUGGAUAAACAGGCAGGUGUCUUUUUCCUCCCUGUAUUUGACUGAAUGUAACGUCAGCCGCCAUAAGGUGUGCUGCAACAACAAUUAAGACACUUGGAGAUAUGAAGAGAGUUGACUUCAGUUCAUGGUUGACGUAGCCCGACAUAAGCAACGGUAUGCAAAACUUGCAGGGUAAGCUGCAAAUGAUGUAAGUAAUAAUCUUGAAUAUUUUCAUUAAAAUAAAUGUCGCAGAAUCGCCGAAUGAGGUGACACAAGCCCUUGCAUUUGUAGUAUUACAAACUGGGUGUCUGUGGUGACAUUACCAGGAAAGAAAAACCAAGCCACGCACACGUUUUCUGUCACCCAGCAGUGGUUGGGUCCGCCAGAGAGGGUAGGCAGAGCUAACGCAACAGAAUCGCUCUUCAACUCGAACUUACUGACGUCACACAGGCAACACUGUUUUGGAUCUCUGGUGAUCCGGAAACACACCUGCAAUCACUUAUCCCCAUAGGUGCCGCCAUAGAGAAUGAAAUGGAGAUUUUCAAGAUUUUUAUUUCCUGUGCAGGUGGUCAAAUUGGUUAGAUUAGAUAGAAUACAGCCAAACUAAAACGAAUUAACCCAGGUCUGCUUGCCAUCAAGCAGGAGAUAUAUUUUGAGCGGGUUGACAAGUCAAGUUGAAAGAUUGUUGCAAGAAAAUACAUACUUAGCUUUUACUUACUACAGCCUUUGGGGUCGAUCACACCGAGAAGCGUUGCUAGAAACGCGGCGCCAGCAAAACCAUCGUUUUCCUUCUUUCUUGUGCCGCACAUUGCGCGUUUCUAGCGGUUUUUAGACGUGCAUAACUAAUCAUUGUUUUAGCAAAUGCCGCGAGUCGCACCACCCGUCAAUGUCACACUUUGUCAAAGGCAGCCGAUCAAAUUGAUCAAGAGGUGGGCUUUACCACUUCCUUCCUGUUUUGAUGCCCGUAGGUGACAGCAUCUAGCUUCCUGUUUGUUAGCAUGUACACAACACUGUUUAUAAAUCAGUACAGUAAGAGUAAAAAGAAGUUGAAAGUGGAGUUGAACUACAUUAACUACACUUUACUGGGCUUUACUGACUAACUGGCCGUAAAUGACGACCGUUAAAACUUUAAUUAGCCCGUAUAUUGCUUAUGCUAAUUUCCAACUAUUACAUUAGCCUGCAAACAGCUAAUUUUGCUGCUCUCUCUCUGCUUGAAUCAAUUGUUUUUUUUUCAGUUAAUCACAGUUGAUCGCCCGGUUGCCGUAGUGGCAGCUUUUCGGUGUGAUCGGGCCCCUUAUGCUAAUACUUUCUGCCUAAUGUUUUGUGUAAAGUAUAAGUAUGAAGGUAUGUUUUUGUUAUCAACAUGUCUGAGGUUAGCCUCAUGCUAUGAAGACAGUGUAUUCGGACAGGGAGGAAUUCAAUCAGUGAGCAAUUAGAUGUAAUGCGAGUGCCGUUUUGAUGUCAAAGAGACCGUGCCUAUGUUAGAUGCUAGCUAGCGGAUGAGACUGUUUUGAAGAAGUGCUAGAUCUGAGUGACUGUGUAUGAAAGACACAGUAGCACCUCCUGUGCGAUUAUUAUAAUUUGUUUUAAGUGUUUCCUCACCUUGUAAACAUGUAAUCAAGAGCUACAGCUUUUUAAUCCAUGACCGAGCUGACACCAGCAGUUACACUCCGAUGCCAAGCACUUAGCUAGAGUAGCUACGUACAUCCAUCAACAUUAGAGUCUAGCAUCAGGACACUGGACAUGGAGUUUUUAAGCGAAGAGGCAAGAACCGCUGGCACAAACAGCGUAACGCCUGAGCCAUCUUCCCCACAACAGUCUGGUCAGCUCUUGUUUGCCUGGAACUGCAUCUGAGCCAUAAUUUACUUAAGCUGAAGGAAAAAAAAGAAAAAAAGAAGAGAACUUACGUUUUUAACAUAAACUUGUUGUGUAGAGUUUGUCUGCCUUUCUUUAGGAAAAUAAAUCUAUAUAUAUAUUUAUCAAAAAUAUAUAUAUAUUUGUGGCGGUGGGUAGUGUUAGAGAAAAUUGUAGUUUAGCGUCUUGGUAUUUAGGGAUAUGGUUUUUCAUUCCAAGUCCAUUUCGAUAAUAAUAUAAAUGUUAUGUGUUAAAAACACAUUCUCCCUCAUAUUCAUUGACGACAGGGAAAUUCUUGAUUACUUUCUUCGACAAAGAUUGACUGUAUUAAGCCAAGUUGGAGGCAGUUCAGUGAUUUGCUUUUUAAAAUCAGCAAUCAACAUCUUUCACAAUUUUCAAUGAAAGCCGGGAAAAAGGGCUGAGUAAGUGUGACAUGUUUCUGUGCAUUCACACCGCAAGCAACUCUGCAAGUCUGUUGCCCCAAAUACAAACAGUCUCUGCGACCUAACAGAAUUGGCUUUUACUUUUGCCUCUGAAAAGUUGGCUUUAGCCCAACCAUUUAGGCGUAUUCGUCUUGCUGUGUCUGUUGCUGUAUAGCGUCGGCGAGCUAGCAUAAACAGCACAGCAGCUGCUAGCGGUGUGAACACAAAGCUUGGGCGUUUCCCCGUAGAAACGAGCCACCUAUCUUUCCUUCUCUCCCCUCGCCUCUUUUUUUCUCAUGUCGAUCCAUUGUGUUGCUGCGUGUCUGCAAUUGUAA